UGGACUCCCUCGCUUGCCGUCAUUACCGGAGCUGUUUGGAUGUCCGCAGCACGGUGGUUAUUAUUCCCGGUUGAAGGUUCUCUGUGGACCCAAAUAAAAGCGUGAACAUGUCUGGAGGAACCCACCUGGAGAACGCGAACCCGGUCAUCUUCCAGCGGUCCGGGGAGAGACUGCUGACGGCGACGGACGAGGACGAAGACGUCCACGACCCGAUCGACGACCGAGAGAUCUUCGAUCUGAUCAGAUCCAUCAACGACCCGGAGCAUCCUCUGUCUCUGGAGGAACUCAACGUCGUGGAACAAGUCCGAGUCAUGGUUAACGACGCAGAGAGCACCGUGGGCAUUGAGUUCACUCCCACCAUCCCUCACUGCAGCAUGGCGACGCUCAUCGGCCUGUCAAUCAAAGUCAAGCUGCUGCGCUCCCUGCCGGAGAGGUUCAAAAUCGAUGUCAGCAUCACUCCGGGGACUCACGCCUCAGAGGACGCAGUGAACAAACAGCUGGCAGACAAAGAGAGAGUAGCGGCAGCUCUGGAGAACUCGUCGCUGCUCGAGGUCGUCAACCAAUGCCUGACGACGACGAGGACCACCUGAUAAGCCAAUCGGCUGCAUCGAUGGUCUCUCACCUUCAGCCGCUUAUCUUUGGAUCGGCCAAUCAAGUUCGACUCAUCGAGGGUCAGAGUUCACGGUGAAUGUCGUGGUCGUUCACUGUACUUAAAUCUGUUACACACAGUGUGAUUCGAUACUCCAACAUCUGCUGAGAAUCCUGCAAACAUGUAAAUGAUGAAUAAUGAAUAAUUUAUGUUUUUGACAUUUUAUAUAUUCAAUAAAUGAAAUGAAACAAAGA